CUUGAAAUUUCCACUCACCUGCUCGCCAAUGGCGAGUGGAAAUUAUGGUGGGGGCGAGUGUGUCCCCCAGGGCCUUCUUGCUGAGCAGGCUCAGAGCUCAGGCCGGAUCUGUCAUUGGCACUGGGAGCCGUCAGACUGCUCAAUAGCUGAGCGCAGUGAAAGUAAAGGAAGGAGUGUGUGCUGUGCUCUCUGCCUCCCCCUAGAGCGCAGUACCCGGCUCUGUGAGUGAACAACGAAGUACUGCAACUUUUUAUACGUUGUGUGUGUAUGCACGUACAUGUGUGUGUGUAUGUACAUGUAUGUGUAUGUAUGUACAUGUGUCUGUGUGUAUGUACAUGUAUCUGUGUGUAUGCAUGUGUCUCUGGUUGUGUGUGUACAUGUGUCUCUGUGUGUGUGUGUGUGUGUGUGUGUGUGUGUGUAUGUACAUGUCUGUGUGUGUGUACAGGUGUCUCUGUGUGUGUACAUGUGUCUGUGUGUGUAUGUAUAUGUCUGUGUGUGUGUACAGGUGUCUCUGUGUGUGUACAUGUGUCUCUGUGUGUGUGUGUGUGUGUGUGUGUGUGUGUGUGUGUGUGUGUGUGUAUGUACAUGUCUGUGUGUGUGUACAGGUGUCUCUGUGUGUGUUUGUUGGUG